AUGGCCAAGUUAGAGACCCUGUCUGUUCUUAGUGACCCAAGAUACCAGAACCAGGACACUUUCCACUCGUUUGCCUCCAGGCCCUCUGAAUCUGCCUCCCAAAACACUAUGGGAAGCGUAGGCAGCGGAGUCGCCAAUGAGCAAGAGUUUGCGAUGAAGAGCGUGGGAACUAGGACUCAGAGCAGCAGCAGGCAGGCUGAUGGCUCGCGGAAUGGCUAUUCCACGCGGGAGAUCUCUAACCGUUACUCUGGGGAGGAGAAAACCUACAAGUCAGAGAUCUCCAACUCCCUCUACAUCAAUGGGGACCUGCGCAAGAGUGAGAAGAUGAAGACAGACAUUUGUGGGAACGUUGCCGCCAACAACGAGAAAAACCUGCCACCUCCUCCCCAGUACAGAGAACCCAGUAACCCACCAAAGAUAUUGCCAGUCUCUGGCAAAUUGGACCAGAGCAAUGAGCCCUUAGUUAGACCUUCAGCCUUUAAACCAGUAGUUCCUAAAAACUUCCAUUCCAUGCAGAAUCUCUGCCUGCCACAGAACAAUGGAAUAACAGAGAACAGAAAGAGCUUGAAUCACACCAACAGCAAUAGCCCGUCUGCAGGCAAAAGCGGACUGGAGAAGACCAGCCUUAAUAGGAGUACAAACCAAGUGGGAGGUCUUUCCGAUUCUGGCCGUAACUCUUUGACGAGCUUGCCCACUUACGGGACGGUCUACAGUCAGCACGUUGGCCCAAUGAGUGCUUCAACUAGUCACAUAAACCGCAUUGGCACAACCUAUGUAGAUAAGAACAUAGUGGGAUACAAUGGAAUAUCUACCUCAGACAGUGGACGGUCUUCAAGCAAGAGUACUUCUUCUUUCAAUAGGCUCAACCAUCUGAAUGAAACAAUGCCUUUCCAUUCCCCCUCGACAGAUGAUGUUAUCCAGGACCUGGAGGACAGGCUGUGGGAGAAGGAGCAGGAGGUCCUGCAGAUGAGAAGAAACCUGGACAAAAGUGAGGCUGCCAUCUUCCAAGUGUUUGAGGAGAAGCAAAAGAUCUGGGAACGUGAAAUGGAGGACCUCAGGCAAAAUUAUGCAAAUAAACUACAGCAGGUCUCCAAGAAGGCCCAGAGGGCUCAACAGGCCUUGCAGCUCCAGAUCUUCAAGCUCCAGCAAGAGAAAAAAAAGCUCCAGGAUGAUGUGGGGCAACUUCUCCAGCAGCGAGAAGAGCUAGAGAAAAAAAUUGUGGCUUUCAAGAAAGAACAGGCUGAGUUUCUUCCCAAGAUUGAAGAAACCAAGUGGGAGGUGUGCCAGAAAGCUGGUGAGAUCUCACUCCUCAAGCAACAACUGAAGGAUUCGCAAGCUGAUGUCUCUCAGAAACUGAAUGAGAUAGUGGGGCUGCGGACUCAGCUCAAAGAAGGUAAGAACUUCCUGAGAGAGAAGGAAGAGCAGAUCACCACCCUGAAAGACUCCUGCAGCUCCAAGACUGUCAGCCUGGAGAUCUGCGAGAAUGAGCUGCAGAGAAAGAUGAAUGAGGUGCAGAUGCUAAGGGAAAAACUCAACCACUGUGAGCUGGAGGUCUCUGGCCUGAAGCAGACACUGGCCAGCAUGGGGCACCAUGGCCAUUUCAAUUCAGAGCUCACCGAGAAACUAAGGGACCCGUUGGCAUGUGAGAGCGAUGAGGCUAAGAUGAAGCGCCAAAAUGAGGACAAUGUCAUUGCCCUGAAGAAGGAGGUUGAGCAGCUCCAGACAGAGCUGAAGCUGGAGCGCCAGCAGCGGGAGCAGCAGGUGAUGGACUUUGAGGAGGAGCAGCGCACGUGGCAGGAGGAGAAGGAGAAAGUGAUCAAAUACCAGAAGCAGCUACAGCUGAACUACGUGGAGAUGUACCAGAAGAACCAGCUCCUGGAACAAAAGGUGAAUGAGAUGACCACCAAGGCCACCAGCCCGCCUUACACCGAGGAGAAAAAACCAUGGACUCCAUCCAGGCUGGAGCGAAUAGAGUCCACGGAGAUCUAA